UAUAUGUAAUACAACCUACACCAAUAUACAGAGACGAGGAAAAAUAAUUAACCCAAAAAAACAAACAAACAUGAAAAACAGCCGCAACCACCAUUCCGCCAUCGAAACGGCCGUUUCUUCAUCAUCAGCUGAGCAAUCUCACCCGGCUGUUGCCCCACCUUCUAUGACAUCAUCACCUGCCACCUCAUCAUCGGAGAAACCAACGGCACCGGUGGAGGAUGUAGCUGCUUCUCGUGACCCUACCUCCGUCACUGCAGCGGUGGCGGAGUUUGUCACAGUUGAGCGGCGGAGUGCUUACGGCGCCGUUUGCAAAUGGGCAAUAGCCAAUUUUACAAGAGUAAAGGCCAGGGCGUUAUGGAGCAAGUACUUUGAAGUCGGCGGUUUCGAUUGUCGUUUGCUAGUUUACCCUAAAGGUGACUCACAGGCAUUGCCUGGUUAUAUUUCUGUAUACCUUCAAAUUAUGGACCCUCGCAAUACAACGUCAUCCAAAUGGGACUGUUUUGCCAGUUAUCGUCUUGCCAUUGAGAACCCUACUGAUUCCUCAAAGUCCAUUCAUCGUGAUUCAUGGCAUCGAUUCUCUUCCAAAAAGAAAUCUCAUGGAUGGUGUGAUUUUACUCCUUCCAAUUCCAUAUUAGACCCUAAAUUAGGGUUUUUAUUCAACAAUGAUUGCAUUCUUAUCACUGCAGAUAUACUUAUACUUAAUGAAUCAGUUAGCUUUUCACGUGAUAACAACGAAUUGCAGUCAAAUUCUGCUUCCAAUGUAGUGGUUACUGCUUCCUCUGGGGAUGUUCUCAGUGGGAAAUUUACUUGGAAGGUUCAUAAUUUUAGUUUGUUUAAAGAAAUGAUAAAGACUCAGAAAAUUAUGAGCCCCAUUUUUCCAGCUGGGGAGUGUAAUUUGAGGAUUAGUGUGUAUCAAAGCGCGGUAAAUGGGGUUGAGUAUUUGUCUAUGUGUUUAGAGAGUAAGGAUACGGAGAAGACAUUGAUUUCGGAUCGAAGUUGUUGGUGCUUGUUUAGAAUGUCAGUGUUGAAUCAGAAGCCGGGUUUGAAUCACAUGCAUCGGGAUUCUUAUGGAAGGUUUGCUGCUGAUAAUAAGAGCGGGGAUAACACAAGCUUGGGAUGGAACGAUUAUAUGAAAAUGAUGGAUUUUAUGGGAUCAGAUUCAGGGUUCUUGGUAGAUGACACUGCUGUUUUUAGCACUUCGUUCCAUGUUAUUAAAGAGCUUAGUAGCUUUUCAAAGAAUGGGGGACUGGUUGGACUGAGGAAUGGGGGUGGUUCCAGGAAAUCUGAUGGUCACAUGGGAAAGUUUACAUGGAGGAUUGAGAACUUCACAAGGUUGAAGGAUAUUUUAAAGAAAAGGAAGAUUACUGGGCUUUGCAUAAAGAGCAGGAGGUUUCAGAUUGGUAACCGGGAUUGUCGGUUGAUUGUUUACCCCAGAGGGCAGUCUCAGCCUCCAUGCCACCUUUCAGUGUUUCUUGAAGUUACAGAUUCGAGGAAUAGUAACAGUGAUUGGAGUUGUUUUGUGAGCCAUCGGUUGUCUGUUGUGAACCAAAAAAUGGAGGAGAAGUCUGUCACCAAGGAAUCUCAGAACCGAUACUCUAAAGCUGCAAAAGACUGGGGUUGGCGUGAAUUUGUGACUCUCACUAGUCUCUUUGAUCAAGAUUCUGGAUUUCUCGUUCAGGAUACGGUCGUGUUUUCUGCAGAAGUCCUCAUCUUGAAGGAGUCAUCCAUCGUUCAAGAAUUGGUAGUUGAGGAUAUUGAGCUAGCAAAUGCUGGUGCUCAGCUGGACGAAGCUGGGAAAAGAAGUUCUUUUACUUGGAAGGUGGAGAAUUUCUUGUCCUUCAAAGAAAUAAUGGAAACACGGAAAAUAUUUAGCAAAUAUUUCCAAGCAGGUGGAUGUGAGCUUCGUAUUGGUGUAUAUGAAUCUUUUGACACUAUAUGUAUUUAUUUGGAGAGUGAUCAGUCUAUUGGCAAUGAUCCGGAGAAGAAUUUUUGGGUUAAAUACAGGAUGGCGAUUCUGAACCAGAAAAGUCAUUCUAAAACUGUAUGGAAGGAGUCUUCCAUUUGCACUAAAACUUGGAAUAAUUCUGUUCUUCAAUUCAUGAAGAUCGCAGAUAUGUUGGAAUCAGAUGCGGGGUUUCUUGUACGUGAUACAGUUGUCUUUGUCUGUGAAAUUUUGGACUGUUGCCCUUGGUUUGACUUUGCUGACCUAGAGGUGUUGGCUUCUGAGGAUGAUCAAGAUGCUCUGACAACUGACCCUGAUGAACUCAUUGACUCAGAAGAUAGUGAAGGGAUCAGUGAUGAAGAAGAUAUCUUCAGAAAUCUUCUCUCUGGAGCUGGGUUUCACCUCACAUAUGGGGAUAAUCCAUCGCAGCCACAGGUCACUCUAAGGGAAAAACUCCUUAUGGAUGCCGGUGCAAUAGCUGGGUUCUUGACGGGACUUCGUGUGUAUCUUGAUGACCCUGCUAAAGUAAAGCGUCUACUCCUUCCUACUAAUAUAUCUGGUUGUAGUGAUGGAAAGAAGGUAAAUAAAAAUGACAAAUCCUCCCCCAGCUUAAUGAACUUGCUGAUGGGGGUAAAAGUGUUGCAGCAAGCGAUCGUUGAUCUACUGUUGGAUAUUAUGGUUGAAUGUUGCCAACCUUCCGAAGGAAGUUCGAGUAGUGGGUCAUCCGAAGGGAAUCCUAAAACUUUUCCAGAUGGAAAUGGAGCAGGUAGUCAAUUGGGGUCUGAUAGAGCUAAUGGUGCAAAUGAACCUUCGCAACUUUACACCCAUGAUAGACUGGAUACGGUGACAGAUGAGAGCAUGAAUUCAUCUGCUGUUCAGAGCUCAGAUAUUGAUGGGAUUAAUGCACAUGAAAGGGCAUUCAAUGGGAAACCUAUGCAUCCGCAUCCGCCAGAAACAUCUGCUGGUGGUUCCUCUGAAAAUCCUUCCCUUCGUACUAAGACUAAAUGGCCAGAGCAGUCUGAGGAGCUUCUUGGACUGAUAGUGAACUCCCUGAGAGCACUUGAUGGAGCUGUUCCACAAGGUUGUCCUGAGCCAAGGAGGAGGCCACAGUCAGCCGAAAAGAUAGCCCUUGUAUUGGAUAAAGCUCCGAAGCAUCUACAGCCGGACCUAGUUGCUUUGGUUCCAAAAUUGGUUGAGCAUUCAGAACAUCCACUUGCUGCUUAUGCGCUUCUAGAACGACUUCAGAAGCCAGAUGCUGAACCUGCAUUAAUGAUUCCAGUCUUUGGUGCACUCGGGCAGUUGGAGUGUAGCAGUGAUGUGUGGGAACGUGUCCUUUUCCAGUCAUUUGAUCUGUUAGUGAAUUCCAUUGAUGAACCUCUUGCAGCAACUGUUGACUUCAUAUUCAAGGCUGCCCUUCAUUGUCAUCAUCUUCCAGAAGCAGUCAGAGCCGUACGUAUCCGGCUGAAAAAACUAGGCAAUGAAGUCUCCCCAUGUGUUCUUGAUUAUUUGAGCCGAACUGUAAAUAGCUGUUCAGAUGUUGCUGAAGCUAUUCUAAGAGAUAUUGAUUGCGAGAACAAGUCUGGUGAUAAUUGCUCGGCUGUACCAUGUGGGAUUUUCUUAUUUGGUGAAAGUUGUCAUACUUCUGAAAGACCACGUGAAGUGGAUGAGCAAGCUUUCCUUUCAAAUCAUCAUUUUUCCGAUAUUUAUAUACUUAUUGAUAUGUUAUCAAUUCAAUGUCUUGCCCUUGAAGCUUCCCAAACAUUUGAGAGAACUGUAGCUCGAGGGGCCAUUGUGGCUCAGUCUGUAGCCAUGGUCUUGGAAAGACGUUUUUCCCGGAGAUUAAAUUUGACCUCUCAAUAUGUUGAAAAUUUUCCGCAUACUGACGUGAUUGUGGAAGGGGAAACCAUUGAGCAAUUAACAGCCCAGCGCGAUGAUUUUACAUCAAUUCUUGGUCUUGCUGAGACAUUGGCACUCUCUAGAGAUCCACGUGUAAAAGGUUUUGUAAAGUUGCUUUACACCAUAUUGUUUAAGUGGUAUGCUGAUGAGUCUUACCGAUUGAGGAUACUCAAGAGGCUUGUUGAUCGUGUUACCAUUUCAAGGGAAAAUGCUUGUGAAGUAGAUCUAUAUUUGGAGAUAUUGAUAAUCUUGAUGUGUGAGGAUCAGGAAAUUGUUAGACCAGUCCUAAGCAUGAUGAGGGAGGUUGCUGAACUUGCCAAUGUUGACCGUGCCGCACUUUGGCAUCAAUUGUGUGCUAUUGAAGAUGAAAUUAUGCGCAUUCGUGAGGAAAGAAAAGUGGAAAAUGCCAGUAUGGCUAAAGAAAAAUCUAUAUUGUCCCAAAAGCUUAAUGAAUCGGAGGCUACUAACAACCGUCUCAAGUCUGAAAUGAGGAUUGAGAUGGAUCGUUUUGCUCGGGAAAGAAAGGAACUCGCGGAACAGAUACAAGAAGUUGAGAGUCAACUUGAUUGGCUACGGUCUGAGCGGGAUGAGAAAAUUUCUAAGCUCUCUGCAGAAAAAAGGGCUAUUCAAGAUCGUUUGCAUGAUGCUGAGGCACAACUUUCCCAACUGAAAUCACGGAAACGUGAUGAAUUGAAGAGAGUGAUGAAGGAGAAAAAUGCUCUUGCGGAAAGGUUGAAGAAUGCUGAAGCUGCACGGAAAAGAUUUGAUGAGGAAUUGAAACGGUAUGCCACAGAGAAAGUGACCAGAGAAGAAUUACGAAAAUCACUUGAGGAUGAAGUACGCCGCUUGACUCAAACAGUUGGGCAAACGGAAGAGGAGAAACGUGAAAAGGAGGAGCAGGUUGCUCGCUGUGAAGCUUUUAUCGACGGAAUGGAAUCUAAGCUGGAGGCUUGCGAGCAAUACAUCCGUCAGCUUGAAGGAUCACUUCAGGAAGAAAUGUCUCGGCAUGCCCCACUGUAUGGAGCUGGCUUGGAAGCUUUAUCAAUGAAUGAGUUGGAGACAUUAUCACGUAUUCAUGAAGAAGGACUCAGACAGAUCCACGUUAUCCAACAGCGCAAUGGAAGUCCAGCUGGUAGUCCUCUAGUAAGCCCCCACAAUCUUCCACCCACUCAUGCUUUGUUUCCUGCUCCUCCUCCAAUGGCAGUUGGACUUCCCCCAUCCCUUGUUCCGAAUGGUGUUGGGAUCCACAGCAAUGGGCAUGCAAAUGGUUCGAUUGGGCCGUGGUUCAAUCAUUCUUGAAUCUAGGUCUAGGAUGACCCAUGUUAUGAUCAAGGUGUUUAGGUGUCUCGUCCUCGAGCCUUGGAGCUUGGUCGGAGAGCAAUGUGUAGGCAGUCGUUUGGUCAUGUUUUUUAAUUUUCAAAUUCUCUUGGCAUAGGCUGGUUGCACUGUGGGGAAAAAAAUGGUAGUCAUCCUAUAGCAUCAACAAUUUAACGUUUAUGGUUUUAAGUUUUUUUGUCAAAUCAAUUAAAAUGCAUUAGAAAGUU